UUUUGUUAAUUUUCCAACUGAAUUUCAACCUAAUUGUACCAUUUUCGAAAUAUUGAGACAACCGAAGUUGUUCAUUAGUGAAUCCCCAAUUAUUCAAGAUAAUCCUUCAACCAUUGCGUCGAUACAAGCGCGCAAAAGUGUCAAUUAUUAUGAAUAUCAUAUCGUCAACAUCUUCCUAAUGAUCUUCAUUUCUGUACAUUUUUGGUAAUUAAAUAUUCCACAAAAUUCCACUGUUUUGUAAAGGUGAAAAUACAUAGCUUGACCGUGAGCAUACAAACUAGUUCUUGUUUACGUCCUUCCGUAAGAAGUUUGAAGAGCACGAUCAAAUUUAUUGAAUUCCGCUAUAUUAGCAUUAUAAUGAGCGCUAUUAGCGUUAUUUCAAUAUUACAUCAAAGCUUGUUGAGUGCGUUCUUCACUUGAAUACACUAAUGGACAAAAUGAAUGUUGAGCUAAGCAUUUUUGUGUUAUUCGCCUUAGGAAUUAAUUAUGCAAAUUCUCUGGAUCUAUCACCUUCUGCAAUUGCAAAAACCCUCCACAAGGGUGCGUAUGAAGCCGUAAAGGGAACUGUCAACACAGUCACAGAAGUAGUCGGCACUCCAGUCGAUAUAAAAGACGUACACUUUUUUCUUCAUACCUCCAAAGAUCACGGUUAUCCAAACCACACUGUUGAUCCCCUGAAUCCUGCUGAACUGGCGACAAGAAAUGGAAAGGUAUACUUCUUGAUUCAUGGAUGGACGCAAAAUAGGCAGAAGACACCAUGGUACAGACCUUUGACUGAAUAUCUCUUGAAGAAGCAUCCAGAAGCACAUGUUGUACAGCUAGAUUGGGGAAAAGCAGCAGAUAAUAUCUAUGCUUUGGCUGCUUUUGGAACUGAGAGUGUAGGAAAUAUCAUAGGAGACGUUAUAAAAAAACUUGUUGUGGACUAUAAUGUCCCUCGCAAAAACAUCGUCGUUAUAGGACACUCAUUGGGUGGACAAAUAUCUGGUUGGGUAGGCAAAAGGUUUCGCAAGCUUACCAAUUCAACCCUGCCUAGAAUCAUAGCCUUAGAUCCUGCUGGACCUUUGUUUCUGAGUAGACCUGAGGAGAAGAGACUGAACAAACAUGAUGCUGAGGUUGUUAUGGUCCUUCACAGCGACGGAGGAAAACUAGGCUUUGGAAGCAGCUGUGGUACCAUAGACAUCUUCCCUAACGGUGGUUCUGAUCAGCCAGGUUGUUUCAGGGUAGAUUUGGACGAUGUGUCAACCUUAGCUGAACCAAUUUGGUGCGACCACCAAAGGGGUUACAAUCUCUUCUUGGAGGCAGUUAAGUCACCCUGUCUCUUCCUAGCUAAGAAAUGUGAAAGCUACGAUAAAUUCAAGGAGAAUAAAUGCGAGAAUAUAGCAGUUUCUCUUGGUGACCUUGAAGCUUCUUCUGCAGGAUCAUAUUAUUUCAACACAACAGCCGAAGCUCCUUUCAUUAGAAUCGAAGAAGUCAAAAAACAUGAGCGAUAUCUACAACAUUCAAAAAAUGGUAUAAAUGAAGGUUGUUUACAGCUUUUGAGAAGUAACGAACAAGACAAUCAUGGUGAAAUACAAAAAAGUGAAAGUCACGAAAGAAAUAGAGAAACUUUGAGAGAUUCGAAUACAAGACAAGAUGAUGAAGAUAGAGGCCACACAUACGAAGAAAAACAAUACUCACGGAGUUCAAAUUCAGAAAAUGGAAGAAUACACCAGAAUGAUCACAGAUACUCGAGUGAUGGUUCAUCCAACAAGUUUGAUCACAAACAUUCUAGAGGAGAAGAAAACAAUAGUUCGAAUGAUAGGCAACACCAAGGAAAUAACAGAAAAUCACAUCAAGAUAGGAUCUAUGAAGAAAAUGGUUCUAUUACUCCUGUCUCCUACCAAGAAUUCAAGAAAAUUUCCAAGAAAUCAUAUCAAGAAAGCACGGGAUAUAGAUAAUUUUUAUCUCACUUUAAACCAAAACAAUGUCUACUUCUCAGCAACAAUUGAGACCGAGUGAGCAGAGUAAAAAUUUCUCAAUAUCAAAUUUUUCUCAUGAAAUAUCGUGAACCAAUCUGAAUUGAAAUAGAACAAAUGAUGAUUAUGAA